AUGGCCUCUGAGAUGGACUAUUUUCACCUCUCUGGACCCUUACAUCUUACUUAUGUCAAUUGGGAUUAUGCGUAUCAUCGAAAGUCGGUAGCUGCUAGUUUGGUCCAAGGUGUUUAUGUUCUAGAGAAAGAUCGACAAGGACGACGGAAAGGUCCUGAUUCUCUUGCAUUUCCUUGGUGGACAUUCUUCCAUUUUCAACUGAUUCAUACAUUAGUUGAUGAUGUUGAUAACUCCAUAUUUGGUGCAAUUUAUGAGUUCAAACUUCCACCAGCAAUGUGCCAUGACGCUUUACAUAGAAGUCCGCGAUAUGUGAUUGCGUUUCGCGGGACUAUAACCAAUGCAGACACAGUUUCGCGCGAUGUUGAGUUGGAUGUGAAGUUUCUCAAAAAUGGACUUCAUCGAUGUUCACGCUCAGAGAUAGCUGUCGAAGCUGUCAGAAACAUGGUGGCUAGUAUUGGUGGAAACGGUUCAAAUAUAUGGUUGGCCGGUCAUUCUCUCGGAUCAGGCAUGGCUUUGCUUGCCGGGAAAGCAAUGGCUAAAAAUGGUAUACUCAUUGAGUCUUUUCUUUUCAAUCCUCCAUUUGCAUCGGCUCCAAUUGAGAGAAUUAGGAGUAAGAAAACAAAACAUAGGCUUCGAAUUGCGAGCAGCGUGAUAACAGCCGGAUUAGCCAUUGCUAUGAAUUCGGAUAAGAAAAGUUCAUCCUGUGAUUCAUUUGCUGCUUUGUCUGCUUGGAUUCCAUGCUUGUUUGUGAAUCCAUCUGAUUAUAUAUGUUCCGAGUAUGUCGGAUACUUCGAGCAUAGAAGAAAAAUGGAGGAGAUUGGUGCUGGAAGCAUUGAGAAGUUAGCAACACAAAAUUCACUUGGUUCUCUAAUGAUGAGUGCUUUUGGGAAGGAAUCUGAACCUCUGCAUCUCAUUCCUUCUGCUAUUUUGACAGUAAAUUAUACUCCUACACAAAGUUUCAAAGAAGCUCAUGGGAUUCACCAAUGGUGGAAACCAGAUUUACAUUUGGAAUCCAAGCUCCACAAAUACUAG